CCUCCAGCUCGGUAUCCAAUUUCGAUUUGGAGACGGGUUAGUGCUCGGGUGGCUGUUGGUGGCCCUCAAGGCUGACGUCAGUUGGGCCGCUGGCCCCAUAUGUCAGGCAUCCCCUCAGGCCUCCGGUCAGGUGGGCUCGACUGGGCCGCCGGAUGCGACGGGGAGGCGGCCAGCAGGCGGCGGCGGCGGCCCGUCCAGGCCUCCCAUCACCCUAUUUCGACGCCGACAUGUGGGCCCUGCUGCCUGCAGCCCGCUGGGUCACCUUCACUCCGGUGCCCGAUGCCGCCGCCGCAGUCCUUCCUCUGCGGGCUGCAGUCUCUCCCCAUUGCAGCUGUUGGACGCGCGGGGGCCGCGCGGUUGCAGGCUUGCCGCAGAGAGCUUCGCGUUCGCCCGCGGCGGCUACCACCCCCACACCCCUACCGACCCGCACACUCCAAGAGAUCUGCUGCAAGCAAGGAAGUGCGGUCCUUGUCCCGUGAUGCUCGCAAUGUGUUCCACGGAAUGGCAGGUAAGCAUGGCAGUGAGUCAAGCCUUCACUCCUCACUCGUGGAUUCAUUGGUUCACUGGAUUGCAUGAUCUUGAUGAAGUGUUGGAGGAUGCCAGCGGCAACGCCACAUGUGAUCCUGAUGCCUUUAGCUCACCAUGCCCCCUUUGUAUACGAUGAAAGAAAUGCCUGAGCUAGUUUUGACAGCCGAGCUAUGUAUAAGAAAAAUGGCCCUUAAGCUAUUGUUUGUGAUGUUGGUCAUUGAAUAAC